CACACACAUACAAAAAAAAAAUCUUGACAUGCACAGAAGCAGACGCACGAUCUAUAUUCAAACUUCGAUCACGACAGUCGUGAAAGACAAGCCGUUUGACAGUUCAUCGACCUUACGUUUCCAGCGACUGAACAAGCUGAGAGUUGCCGCGCUCCCGCUGGGCGCUCGAGGCGCCACGAGGCGGGGGAGCCGUUUGAAUUUUCGAAACACGUGCCGUUCCUAACGGUUUUCUUAUUUUUUAAAAAAAAGUUUGGGAGGGGCAGAGUCGUGGGAGUGGAAGCAUUGAAAAAACCGUGUUUUAGGAGUAACUGAGUCCCCAUUUCCUCAACCUUUUUACUCUCUCCUACAUGGCGCGUCACUUUAUUUUGCUCAGAUAAUCAGAUAUGGAUAUAGCAAAUAUUGCUCCAAGGAAGGUUUUCAGAGCUAAGAAAACACUUCGAGUAAGUGACCGCAAGCAGUGGGAAGCAUUAAUCAGAAUCAGACCUCCGAAUGGCAGCAAACAGCCCUUUAGAGAUUGUGAUCAUCUGAAAAGCCAUUUGAAGGGCACUGAUGCAGAAGAUGUCAGUAAACACAAUGAACAUUUUAUUUCAAACUGUCCAAAAAAUGAUAUUUCAAAACCAGAACUGAACCAGAGUUUAACAUUUCAUUGCAAAAAUGACGUCGUCAAGGCCAAAUUCAAACAUUUAUCUGACAUCUGUGUAACAGAAAACCAACUGGAGAAUGCCAGAUUAAAAAGUCAGGAAGAUAUACAAUCCAAUGAUCAUCCAUAUCCUCAGCAAAAAGAACAUCAGAAUAUUGGUUCACUCAGAAAGCCUCUAAAAUCAUCCUCUGAAACUAUUGACCAAAACUUAACUGCUACAAAUGGUAGCGUCAUUUCCUGCUCCACAUCUGCAUUAAAAGAAGACUUCAGCAGAACUUCUAAAACCCAUUCAAUGAAAAUUCCUGCACCGCUGGACCAGAAGAACUGUGUGACUUCCAUCAGUGUUGAUAAGAAGUGGAAUAUUGAGCCCGUCCUUCACGUUAUCGGUGUUGAAGAUCUUAAAUUUGUUUCUUCAGAUGUUCAUGAUAAGACAAGUAAUCUAAAGAAAAUAAACCAUUCUAUUAGUCCUAUUUCAGAAAAGAUGUCCAGUGAAGUUCAUCAGAACCUGAUGUGUAAUGUGCAUUUGUCAGCCCUACAUAUUUCUCACAAUGUAACUGAAAAGGUUAAAGGAAGUGUACUAAAUGAAAGACAAAAACCUUCUGUUUCAAAAUACCUUCAUGUAGAAGAUCAAUCCCAGAUAGAUGAGUCUAAAUUACUGAUUGAUUACCAAGAGCAGAUUGAAUGCAAUGCAAUUAUACUGAUGGACAAGAAAAGCUCUGUUUUAAGAAAAAGGACCCAUUCAAGCGGUGAAGAAAGAAGUAGCAACAAGCGAGUUAAGACUUCAGAAGGUGACAAAAGUGACCAUCUUAAAUUAACUUCCAAAAGUCAAAGUGCAGAAACUACCAAGAAGAAGUGUUUGUAUGAGAUCCAGAAAUUGAUUCACCAAAAGAUUGCCACUGAACUUAGAAGUGAUGAUUUGGACAACAAACUUGAAGAGUUAACAAAAAGAAUUGAAAAUAUUGAGUGUAGACAAAAUCAUGAAGAGCUGGCUAAAACUAUUCAAAUUAGAAUAAAACGAUUGGAAAGAAAAGUAAAAGCUGCUUUGAAAACUGUAAAUAUGCAAUCGCGUAGAAAAACACUAGAGGAGAGCAAUUCAACAUCAUUUUCUCUAAAACAACCUGAUGUGCAACCUGUGCCACAACAUGCUACCACUGGAGAAAAUUCAACCAAUACAUUGAAGCCUGGGUCAGUUGCAGAACAUAUGGACAUAUCUGCUACACCUGCCACUGUACCAGACCGAUCCUCUCAAACAUUGACUUACAAGAAACUUCCAGAUUCUUCCAACUAUGAAUUGAGCUUUCAGUUACCUGAAAGAACUUCAAAUUUUGUACUUGAGGAUGAAGAGAUUACAUGGAAUAUUCCAUUACCAAAGAACUUGGAUAUUGUAACUCCAGCAAGUACACAUUACAGUGAUAUUUCAAAUACAACACAAAGCAAUGCGGUGUCUCCUGAUACUCUGACUUUACAAUGUGAUGAUAAAGGACAAACAGUUGAUGCAGAACAGAGGGAUAACUUGAUAAGCACUCAAAUAGUAAUUGACCUUACGGAAGAUGAUGAACAGUAUAUUGACAAUCAAGUAAGGAAAAAAGAAUCCCGAGUUCAAACUAUGACUACAGGGGCUCAGCCAUCACCCACUAAGUCAUACAACAGGAUUGAUCUCGAUUCUGUGCAAAUGUCAGUUGUUUCAGAAGCUGAGCUCACCAAGCCAAAAAUUUGUGCAGCUAAUUUACAACUGUCACAGACUGAGUGUGUGCAGAUAUUUUCAAUAGGUGGACCAUUGAGAGGGAAUAGUGUGAUGACUAAAAGUCUAAAGCUGUUUGACCUUAUAAUGGAUCAACGACGACUGCAUUCUCAGGUUUCCAUGAAAUGUACUCAUCCUCUCCAGUAUCCAGGAUUUUGACAACACCUGAUCUACCUUCUGAAGCUGAUAAUACAUGUCCUCCCCAGAUGCCUGAAUUAAAUCUAGCACAAGUGAGAAAACCAAAAGGGAUUGCACUCUCCUGGAAUAUUACAGAUGUAAGCCAGACUUCUGCCCCUGUUCACUGUUAUCAGUUGUAUGCAUAUCAUGAAAAUCCCAAUUUGAAGUGUCCAUCACAAUGGAAAAUAAUUGGAGAAAUAAAAGUCCUUCCUCUUCCAAUGGUUUGUACAUUGACUCAGUUUGUACUUGGAAACAAGUAUUAUUUUACAGUGAGAGCAAAGGAUCUUUAUGGACGUUUUGGUCCUUUUUGUGAACCACAAGGUAUUUGCUUUCAAGAAUCCUAAGUGCAACAGAAUAAAUUUAUAUUAACAGACAUUAUUUGUUGCAUUGUAAGUUCAGAUUUAAACUGUAUCGUUGUAGAUAUUGACAAUUGAUUAAGCUAAUGACAAAAACUAGUGAUGCUUGCUUACUAUACCGAUAGUUCUAGAAGGAUUCAUAUUUAAUUUGAAAGGAUCUUAAUCUCAACAUUAAGAACCAGACUAUGGCAAUGUUAGUAAAUGGGCUGGUGUGUUUAGAAAAUGGCUAAUGUGGUAUUCAUUUUUGAAUCAGAAGAAAUCCAAAAUUUAGAAAAGGUUCUUGAGCACAAUGCCAUGUUUAAAAGGUUCAUUUCCGAGUGUGAGCUUGAAAUAUAGUUUCCAAUUCUUAAUUAAAUAUUACCGCAGCUUUGUUUAGCUCAUUUCAAAGAUCUAUGUACAAGUUGAAGAGUACCAAAAUAUUUGGGAACAUCUUCCUCUUUAAAGUUGCAAUUUAUUAAUUCUCUGAGGUUGUGUUUUUGCGACAUCCAAGGGUGAAAUUCAAUGAAAAUAUUUAUAUUUUUUCUGUUGAUCUCUUUGCCUUGCUUUAUCUAUAACUAUGAGGACACAUGAUCUGUUCAGCCUUCUGUCAAAAACAGUCUGAUCUUCAUUAAACAUACAAGAAUAUCCCAGGCAUUUUCUCUUUCCAUUUAAAGGUUUCCCACAGCCCUUCCAACAAAAGUCCAUAGUCUGUUUGGUGUGUUUCCAUUUUAAAGAUUUGCACUUUGGUGGCAACCUUGGCUCAAAAUGUAUUUUUUGUUCUAUUUAUCAUGUAACGUGUUGGUACUUUCCUAUGCUCCUAGUACAUUUGAAAUUUAAAAGAUAAUGUGCAAGAAAAGAGAAUGCUUGCAACAUUAAAGUUAAAUGUCAUCAGUGGCAUUUAUAAAAAUGCAAACACAAUAUUGUACUAAAAAUUGCUUAGUUGGAUUUUGGAUAUUAAAGUACUGGCAUCUGAAGCUGCUAAACAUUAUUGAGAGGAAAUAUAGAGGAAAUACAGGCUUUGCUUGUUCAGUAGGAAAAUAAACAUUGAAGAAGUUUAAUGUGAAUGUCGCUAUUUACAAUUGAUGGAUAUUAAUGACACAUAUCCAUCAAAAAAGCUAGUGAAGUAACUUUCUUAAUUUUGUUCAGAAAAUGCAAGGAAAGCAAUCAGGUAAUACUAUGUAGCCUUUACCUUUGUAGACAUGCUAUAUUUUUAUACUCCAUCUCAUUUGAGAGAACCUAGAAAAUAAUGCUUUCAAAAAGCUGCUUAUCAACUUUAGCACAGACUGAAAUGUUGUUAAUAUCAUUACAUCUAAAACCCAGCGUAUGAUUAUUCUGGACAGAUUACUUAUAUGUUUGUAUAUAGAGGUCUAGAGAAAUGGUGAAGAAUUCAUGAGGCCCAUGUCAGGAGCUGGAUAGUUUAUUAUAUUGGCUUAGUGUAAGACAUGUCAAUGUUACCACAGAGCCACUGAGUUGGAAACCAGCCUGUUAAGACAUGAUCAAAAGUGAUUUAGGGACAGCGUUUCUGAUUUUAGCUUUUAUGGUUGGAAUGUAGGCAAAAUACUUCCUUUUUUUGUGUAAGAGGAGGGUAUUACUCUAGUAAGGAAUCAGGGUGAUAACUUUUUUCAGUCAUGAAAAAUGAGAUAAUUGAACAUUUUUGCCUUCCAUAACACAACUGAAUCUAGAACUGUAGAAAUUUGUUGAUCUGAAGUCUGUUACCUUUUAAUAAAACUAAGUUGUUCAUCAAACAUUGCAUGAAUUGUAUAAUUUUAGGAGUUGCUUGCAGAACACAAGAAUGCUGAUUGCUUUAAUUUGUUUUACAAAUGUCAUUCCAAUUCUUAUCAACUUUCAGUCGAAGUUGUAUUUUGUCACCUGCGUGCAGCACAGAAGCACCAAGGGAUCAUGAAACGUGUUCCAAACAACCGUUCAGAAUCAAAAGCUUCUAGUGUAGGUAAAAUAUAGUUAAAAUUGUGUUUUCCAUUGCAACUCAUAUGUUAUAAUGUUCCUUAUAAAAUGUGUCACACAGUUCCCCAGGUUACUAUAACCUAAGAAAGAAAAUAAAUGGUAACUCAAGGCCCAAGAGUGUUCAUUUAGCCAUGAUGUGUUUAAUUGCCAGUGUGUUAUAAUCACUCUGAGGCCAAAUGGGAACUUUAAGGCUGCUUAUUUGACUGUACUUUGGGAUACACCUAAAGACAUAGCAUGUUACUUAACAAUUGUAAAACAAUAUAUUAGACCAUUUUUGUUUUGUACAAAUACAGCGGUGUUUAGAUCCAAAUUUUAUUUUGAGCCAAAGAACUGAUUAAACAUUUUCAAUUUUAUUUAACUAUUCUGUUUAUACUCUGUUUAACAUAACGUAGGCAACAUGCUCAAG